GUCUCGAACUCCUGACCUCAGGUGAUCCACCCACCUCAGCCUCCCAAAGUUCUGGGAUUAUAGGUGUAAGCCACCAUGCCCGGCCAAGACUGUGCCUCUUAAUGUGAUCACUUUAGGGGUUAGGAUUUCAACUUAAGAAUUUUUUGAGGACACAGACAUUCAGACUGAAGCAGCACAUUAGAGGAACAGAAAAAGUUAGUGGGUGAACAAAGGAGGGAGUACUAGAUCUUUACAGUGAAGACAAGGGCCAAAUCAUUUAAGGACUUGAAAAGUUUGGAUUUUAUUCUUAAUUGCAGUGGGAAGCCACUGGCAUAUUUUUGAGCCAGUAUCAUUUUACUAUAAUUUUCUUUUUUGUUUGUUUUUUCCCUCUCCUUUCUUCUCCCCUCCCAUAGGAUUUCAUUAUUUUGAAAUGAUUGAUUUGAUUUCAGUGUGGAGAAUAGGUUGUAGGGAGCAAUAGUAGAAGCAGACAGCAGGGAAUGGUUGCAGUGUUCUAGGUGGAAAAUGAUGGUGACUUGGACUAGGGAGGUGAUAAGAAAAAUAUAGAGAAAUUGAUGGAUUUAGGAUAUGUAUUUGAAGGUGGAACCAACAAGGUUUGCUAAUCAAUUAGAUGGGAAUCGGGGAAAGAGAAAACUCAAAAACUCCUCAGCUUUUUACCUGGGGCAAGUGCCUACACAAAAGAUGGUGCCAUUUGACAUGAUGAAGGCAGGGAAAGAACACAAUGGAGGCAGAAUAGAGAUCAAAGGUGCAGGUGGGGAAAUUAAGAAGUCUGUUUUAGACAUGUUAAAGUAGCCAUGACUUGGACAUCCUAUAAAAGUAAUAUAAUGUGUUAAGUGCUCCAGUAAGGAUAUGUUCAUAGUUCUUAUGGAAUGGGGAGUAGAUCCUAAGUCUUUUUUGAAGAAGUAGAAGUCAGAAAUACUUUUUUUGUAGCCUCUGUCUCAGUGUUACCUUAGCAUCUAUAUGUAUUACUCUGAUGUAGCAGUAAUCAUGCUGUGCUGUAAUUUCUGAUUCGUUGUGGACUUUCCUAGAUUCAUUUAGCGUUGAAAUUAUAGAGUUCUAUUUGUUUUACACCUUUUUAUUCCCAGAAACAUGUAUCUGGUUCAUUUUUAUUCUAGCUAUUUAUAAGUUUACUUGUAAAGUGAAUACAUGUGACUGCUACAGUCUGAAAACAUGAGCUAAAACAGUGAUAGUAGGAAUGGAAGAAAUGUAGCUGAGAGAAUUUUUAUUGAAAAGAUCAGUAGGACUUGAUAGCCAAUUAAAUAAGUUGACUCAGUGAGAGGAAUGAGUAAUAGUAGUAAAUAAUAAUAUAUGUAGUGCUUAUUAUGUGCCAGGCACUAUUCUAAGUGCUAAAGUUAAAACAUAUAUUAAUUCAUUUAAUCCUCAUGUAACUCUGUGGUGCAGACACUUAUUAUCAUCCCUGUUUUGUAAAUGAGGAAGCCAUAGAAAAGUAACCAGGUCACCCAACGUCACGCAGCUAAGAUGUGGCAGAACUAGGAUAAUGAAUGUAGGUGGGCUGAUGCCAAAAUACAUGCUGUUAACCACUCUGCUAUGUGACUUCCUAAUUGAGAAUGAAGGUUCUUCCGUAUUUUAGAGUUCACCUUGAAAAAAAUAAAAAAUAAUAAAUUAAAAAUAAUUUUUUAAAAAAGGAAAGUUCUUUUACUUGCCUUCUCUAAGAACUAUAUAGGAACACAAGUUCCAUUCUAAUUGAUGUUAGAGAUUGCAGCAACAUGGAAGAUAUUCAGGUGGCCUGAGGUGGGGAAACUGGCAGGCUAGGCAUAGGAAUUUCAGAUACACUGAUGUUUCUUUCCCCCAGUAAUACUGCCUCCAAAGCUGGUAGAAGGAAGGUAGCAACUCCAACAUGAUUGCUUAGGGUUGUCAGGUGGACUCAUGGUUUCUCCCUAUUUUCAGUUCCUAGCCGGGCCUGAUAGGUAAUUUUGCAAAAGCCUCACUUUAUUUGGUUUACCAAGGUGAAGGAAGAAAGUUUAAUUUUUUUCUGCUUUAUCACACUGCUUUAUUACCAAUCUCAACAAAUUUUUAUUGACACUUUUUAUUACAUAAAUAACUACAGGUUUAGUGGGGAUAUAGAGAGUUUGUGGACAUUGCUUGUUCUUAAGAUUCUAAUAAAUGUAUGAGGAAGACAUCCAGAAAAAUUUAGAACAUGAAUUGUUCUCUCUAUAUGAAUAUCAAUGAAGGCAUGAUCAUUAUGCAGUGGAGAAGACAGAGAAAACCUAGAGAAUGUGGAAUUCAAACUGAGCCUUGGGAAUGUAUUAAGUUAAAUGGAGAAAAGACCGAGGGCAAGGCUCAUUGAGCAGAUGAUAAAAUACUUUUGAGCAUAUGUGUUAAUAAUGUGUUGGCUGGGUGUGGUGGCUCAUGUUUAUAAUCCCAGGGAGACCUAGGUGGGAGGACCUCUUGAGCUCAGGAGUUCAAGACCAGCCAGGGCAACAUAGGGAGACCCUGUUUCUACAAAAUUUAAAACAAUUAGCCUAUUUUGGUGGGACAUGCCUGUGGUCCCAGCUAUUUGGGAGGCUAAGGUGGGAGGAUUGCUUGAGCCUGGGAGGUUGAGGCUGCAGUCAGAUGUGAUUAUGGCAACCUGGGUGACAGAGUGAGACCCUCUAAAAAAAAAUGUGUUUCAUAGUUUGUCUUUCAUAGAGGGGUUCUUGGAGGCGUCACGUAAGAGAUAAGUUUGGACAAGUAGGAAGAGACAAAUUACAAAAGUACUCUGAAUGAAUUUAGACUUUAAUUAAAUAGAUUCUUGCUAUUUAAAUAAAUCAGAAUUUACAGCACAGCAUGAUUCAGCAUGUAGUCUCUGUACUAACCAAAUAGGAAUCUCCAAGCAGCUUUUUAGAAAUGUCGAAUCUGAGUUUGUGAAUAAGAAUCUGCAUUCACACAGCAUUCCCAGAUGAUUCUUAACAUUCAAUAAAAAUUGGAAAGUACUGCUCUAGUGAGGAGUCAUUUCACUCUGUUAUUCUAAAUCAAAUGUUUAUAACUAGGAACACAUUUUUCAGCAGAAACUGUGUAAGAAAUGUUAGCUAGGGAAUUAUGAAGCAUUUAACCCCAGCUCCUAGGGGUUUAAAUGCUUCAUAAUUUGAAAUAUUCUGUGAGAUCUAAUGCUGAGGUUCCAGGUGGGGCAGUAACUGCUGCAAUGAAGAACAAUUGGGUUUUGUUUAGGGAAGAGAAAAAAAAAAAAAAAAGGAAAUAAAUCUACCCGCCUGUUUAGGUGCUGGGUUACACAGAGUGCAACAUAAGGUCAGUGACUGGGGAGAUCCUGAUUCUGUAAUUCCCUAGAUGGGACUUUGGAGAACAGAAGCUGUGUUUUGAGGAAAGAUCUAAGAUGCUCAUAACAAAUUUUCUUUUAACACAAUGAUAGCCUUGAUUCAAGGAAAGAAAAAAUUAUUUCCCUAAGUUACACAAUCUCUAAGAUAGGUUGGCAAGUAAAACAGCAUGAUGCAGAGUAGUAUGUAUGCUAAAGUGAAAAGUCUCUAACAUUUGUUAUUUUGCAUAUGUCUAUGUAUAUAUAUCGGUAGUAUAAAUUCCUAGAAAUGAGGUUGUUUGAACAGAAGCUAUAUGCAUUUGUCAUGUUGAUAGAUUUUUUUGUAAUUGUUCUCCAUAAAUAUUCUAUCAGUUUAUACACUGGUGAUGCGUAAGGAUGCUAUGUUAUAUAUGCAACUUACUGAUCUUUGCCGUGUGAUGGUUAAAAGAGGGUAUCUCAGUGUUAUUUUAAUUUGUGUCAGUAAAGGUUGAGAUUGAACAUCUUAAAAUAUAUUUAAGAGCCAUUUCUGUAAAUGUUCACAUUCUUUGCCAAUUUUCCUAUUAGAGUAAUUCUUUAUCUUUUUUAUUUCUAGAAAUUAUUUAUAUAUUAGGAAAAUUUUGUGAUAUGAAUUGCAAACCUUUUGCUUAUAUGGAGUAGCAAACAGCAAAUGUGGCUAGCUAGUAGCUAUUUUGGACAACACAAGCCUGUAGAGGCAGACUGCUUAAUUUGCUACUGACCCAUAUUUCUGUAGAACCAUGAUUACCAAAAGGAUAGGGUAGGGAUUGUCUUUGAAAACAUGUUCAGUACCGUUUGGACAACACACAGAAAAAGCUUUAUGAAUUUUAGGAAGGUAAAGUUUGAUGAAAUCCUCUUAGCUGAUGGGAAAUGGCUAAAAACCUAUCUAGGAAUAUUAUUAAUUUUCAAAAUUUACUGAUGUGGGAAAUCAUAGAGCUGUUUUAAAUCAAAUGCCUCCAUAUUAUUUCCCAUUCUUUCUACUAGGUUACCACCAAAGAACAUGAUUUUGGUCUAGGGGCUCCAGUUUCUGAAGCUGAAAACUACCAGAAUACCCUCCAGCUAGAACGAGAAGUGAGAAAUCAAGACAGAUUCAUCUCGACACUGAAAUUACAGGUUGCAUUUAGUUACAACAUGUUUUCCUGAGUCAAUUUGGGAUGGGAACCUAUUUUGAAACAAGAAGAUAGAGAAUAAAUAACUACUAAUUCAGAGCUCGUUUAAAUGUUAUGGGUCUAAAAUCAUUCAAUUUUUAUCUUAACCAUUUUGAUAAACAUAAGAGUCAGUCAGUGAGUACAAACUAUGUAUGAAUGUUUAUAGCAGCUUUAUUAUAAUUGCCAAAAACUUAGAAGCAACCAAGAUGUCCUUCAAUAGGUGAAUGGAUAAGCAAACUGUUGUACAUCCAUACAAUGGAGUACUAUUCAGUGUCUUUUAAAAAUGAGCAAUGUAGCCAUGAAAAGACACAGCGGAACCUUGAAAGCAUGUUGCAAACCUGUAAAGGCUGUGAAAUGUGUGAUUCCAACCACAUGAAGGUUAUAUAACUAUAGAAACCAUAAAAAGAACAGUAGUUACCAGGAAUUGGAGGGAGAGGGGAUGAAUAGGUGGAGCACAGGAUUUUUAGGGCAGUGAAACUAUUCUGUAUGAUACACUGAUAGUGGAUACGUGUGACCCUAUGUAUGUCAAAACUCACAGAAUGAAUAACACCAAGAAUGAAUCCUAAUGUGAACUAUAGACAUUAGUUAUUAAUAGUGUAACAAUAUUGUUUCAUCAAUUGUAACACAUAUACCACAUUAAUACAAAAUGUAAAUAAUAGAGGAAGCUAUCUGUUGAGGGAGAGAGGAAGUAUGUAGGAACUCUUUAUACUCCCUAAUCAAUUUUUUGUAAACCUAAAACUACUCUAAAAACUUAGUCUAUUAACUACAUGAGAGCAAAUAUUUCCAAAUUACCUAUCUGAAAGGGCUUAAUAUCCAGAAUAUACAAAGGACUUCUACAACUAGCCCCUUUUCCCCAAAAUGUGAUUCAAAAAUGGGCAAAGGGCUUGAACAGACAUUUCUCCAAAGAAGAUAUACAAAUGUCAGUAAAUACAUGAAAAAGAUGCUCAACAUCACCAACCAUUAUAGAAAUGCAAAUCAAAACCAUGAGAUACCACUUCAUCCCCAUUAGGAUGGUUGUUAUAAUGGAAAAUAACAAGUGUUGGUGAGGAUGUGAAGAAACUGAAAAACUUGUGCAUUGCUGAUGGGAAUGUAAAAUGGUGCCACCAUGGUGAAAAAUCUUUUGAUGGUUUCUCAAAAUUUAAAAGACAGGCUAACCGUAUGAUCCAGCAAUUCCACUCCCAGAUUGAAGAUCUCAAACAUACAAAUCAUGGCUUGGAAGACUAUGUUAGGAAACUCUUGGAUAGUAAGGAGGUGGUAAGCAGUCAAGUAGACGAUUUAACCAGCCACAAUGAGCAUCUUUGUAAAGAAUUGAUUAAAAUUGACCAACUUGCAGAGCAACUACAAAAAGAGAAAAAUUUUGUGGUGGAUACCGCCAACAAGGAACUUGAAGAAGCCAAGAUUGAACUCAUUUGCCAGCAAAAUAAUAUUAUAGUAUUGGAAGAUACAAUAAAAAGACUUAAAUCUAUAAUUUUAGAGACUGAAAAAGCACAAAAUAAAUCUCCUUCUAGACUUGAUUCCUUUGUCAAGACUUUGGAAGCCGACAGAGAUUACUAUAAGAGUGAAGCUCAAAAUUUAAGAAAGAUGAUGAGAAGUAGGUCUAAAAGUCCAAGACGCCUGUCACCAACUGCCCGGGGUGCAAACUGUGAUGUAGAACUUUUGAAGACAACAACAAGAGAUCGUGAAGAGCUUAAAUGCAUGCUGGAAAAAUAUGAGCGCCAUUUGGCAGAAAUUCAGGGUAAUGUCAAGGUUCUUACAUCUGAGAGAGACAAGACCUUCCUUCUUUAUGAACAGGCACAGGAAGAAAUUGCCCGACUUCGACGAGAAAUGAUGAAAAGCUGUAAGAAUCCUAAAUCAACAACAGCACAUGCUAUUCUUCGGCGAGUGGAGACUGAAAGAGAUGUAGCCUUCACUGAUUUACGAAGAAUGACCACAGAACGAGAUAGUCUAAGGGAAAGGCUAAAGAUUGCUCAAGAGACAGCAUUUAAUGAGAAGGCUCACCUGGAACAAAGGAUAGAGGAGCUGGAGUGUACAGUUCAUAAUCUUGAUGAUGAACGUAUGGAGCAAAUGUCAAAUAUGACUUUGAUGAAGGAAACCAUAAGCACUGUGGAAAAAGAAAUGAAAUCACUAGCCAGAAAGGCAAUGGAUACUGAAAGUGAACUUGGCAGACAAAAAGCAGAGAAUAACUCUUUGAGACUUUUAUAUGAAAAUACAGAAAAGGAUCUUUCUGAUACUCAACGACACCUUGCUAAGAAAAAAUAUGAGCUACAGCUUACCCAGGAGAAAAUUAUGUGCUUGGAUGAAAAAAUUGAUAAUUUUACAAGGCAAAAUAUUGCACAGCGAGAAGAAAUCAGCAUUCUUGGUGCAACCCUCAAUGAUCUGGCUAAAGAAAAGGAAUGCCUGCAAGCAUGUUUGGAUAAAAAGUCUGAGAAUAUUGCAUCCCUUGGAGAGAGUUUGGCAAUGAAAGAAAAGACCAUUUCAGGCAUGAAGAAUAUCAUUGCUGAGAUGGAACAGGCAUCAAGACAGUCUACUGAGGCCCUAAUUAUGUGUGAACAAGACAUUUCCAGAAUGCGUCGGCAAUUGGAUGAGACAAAUGAUGAACUGGCCCAGAUCGCCAGGGAAAGAGAUAUCUUGGCUCAUGACAAUGACAAUCUCCAAGAACAGUUUGCUAAAGCUAAACAAGAAAACCAGGCACUGUCCAAAAAAUUGAAUGACACUCAUAAUGAACUUAAUGACAUAAAACAGAAGGUUCAAGAUACUAAUUUGGAGGUUAACAAGCUGAAGAAUAUAUUAAAGUCUGAAGAAUCUGAAAACCGGCAAAUGAUGGAACAACUUCGAAAAGCCAAUGAAGAUGCUGAAAACUGGGAAAGUAAAGCCCGUCAAUCAGAGGCAGAUAACAAUACCCUAAAAUUGGAACUUAUCACUGCUGAGGCAGAGGGUAACAGAUUAAAAGAAAAAGUAGAUUCCCUCAACAGAGAGGUUGAGCAACACUUAAAUGCAGAAAGGUCUUACAAGUCCCAGAUUUCUACCUUACAUAAGUCUGUUGUAAAAAUGGAAGAGGAGCUUCAGAAGGUUCAGUUUGAAAAAGUGUCCGCUCUUGCAGAUUUGUCUUCUACUAGGGAACUCUGCAUUAAACUUGACUCAAGCAAAGAACUUCUUAAUCGACAGCUGGUUGCUAAAGAUCAAGAAAUAGAAAUGAUGGAGAAUGAGUUAGAUUCUGCUCGUUCUGAAAUUGAACUCCUGAGGAGUCAGAUGACAAAUGAGAGAAUCUCCAUGCAGAAUCUAGAAGCUUUGCUGGUGGCCAAUCGAGACAAAGAAUAUCAGUCUCAGAUAGCACUUCAAGAAAAGGAAUCUGAAAUUCAGCUUCUUAAGGAACACCUUUGUUUGGCAGAAAAUAAAAUGGCCAUCCAGAGUAGAGAUGUGGCCCAGUUCAGAAAUGUUGUCACACAACUGGAAGCUGACUUAGACAUUACCAAAAGACAACUUGGAACAGAGCGCUUUGAAAGGGAGAGGGCUGUGCAAGAACUUCGCCGUCAAAAUUACUCAAGUAAUGCUUAUCAUAUGAGUUCUACAAUGAAGCCAAAUACAAAAUGCCAUUCACCAGAACGUGCUCACCAUCGAUCUCCUGACCGAGGCCUAGAUCGAUCAUUAGAAGAGAAUCUUUGCUACAGAGAUUUCUGACAGCUGAAAUGAUUCUUCACAUCUCUGAGAAAGGUCAAAGUUACAAACUGAUUUUUUUUUGCUACAUGAUUGCAUUUAUCUUUUAAAUGCUUGGCGAUGUUAAAUGUAUUUAUUAACAUUGUGUGUCUAAUCUCUGUUCUGAUGUGCCAUGUUGCAGUGAUCUGAGAUAACUUAUAAAAACAAAAAUGCAUAUGGCUCUUUCUAUCCAUGCAGUAAUAGUGAGUGUAAAAUUUGCUUACUUCACUAUUGAACACUGUUAUGUUCACUAUCCGGAGUAAAUAAAGAAGCUUAUUAAAACAGGGCAAAGUGUUUUUACAAAACUGAUUUCCUUUCCUUUCUUGGUAUCUCAAAUAAUUGGUUGGUUAAUAUUUUUCUUUGUGAUUUGUGCAUUCAUGGCUAGAAAAUUUGUGCCAAAAUGGGUACAAUUUAUUGAUACUGGCCUGGGAUCUGAUAUUCCAUUUGGAACCAACCUUACAUAAGUUCCAUGCCAUAAUCUGAUAUUGAAGCAGCAGAAAGUAGGAGUGCUGUCAGGGUUUUAAAAUCUGUAGCAUUGUACCACUCAAAGACUAAGUAACAUACAUUUUCUACAAUUGUGUUUACUACUACUGUUUUUAGAAAGGUAGGUGAUGAUAUACCUGUCAAGAAUGUAAGAUUUUUUUUUAAUCUGUAUUUUUAAUAAGUUUUCCUUAAAGUACUGCAAUCAACUUAAUUGCCAUUUUAUUUUAUUGUCUGUGGCAGCUGUCUGUAAUCUGGAGUAACAAGACAAGUGAUGUUUCUUUCCUCCCCCAAUUUCCUAAAUCUUUUACCUUACCUAUCCAUAGGCUUUGAUGCAAUGUUCAUAUUAAAGCCUGAAUACUACUGUAUUUUACUGAUAUAAGCUAUUUGUAUUCUUGCCAUUUUAAUAAAAAAAGGCUUGUCAUUAAUAGUA